AUGGAGUUUGUCGCCCGUCAGUCCAUGAAUGCCUGUCCCUUUGUCAGGUCAACUUCUACCCACCAUUUGAAGAAGUUGGCAGCAAACAGUUCUCUAGCUGCUACUGCUAGUCAUUGUCCCGUGGUUGGCCCUGCUCUCCAACAGCAGAGAUACUACUCUCAACCUUCCAAGCCAGCCCAAGCCCAAACCUCCGACAUUGCUACUGGGAUCAAGAAGGAUGUUUCUCCGAUCCGUAUGGACUCUAAUGAAACCGCCUUUGAUUACAAUGGAAUGUAUGAGUCUGAUCUUGCGAAUAAACGUAAAGAUAACUCGUAUCGUUAUUUCAAUAACAUCAACCGUCUAGCCAAGGAGUUUCCCAAGGCACAUCGCCAGACCGAAGAUGACAAGGUGACCGUCUGGUGCUCUAACGACUACUUAGGAAUGGGUAGGCAUCCUGAGAUUAUCAAAACCAUGAAGGCUACCAUGGACAAGUACGGUUCCGGAGCAGGAGGAACUAGGAACAUUGCAGGUCAUAACCACGCCGCUAUCAAUUUGGAAAGCGAGUUGGCUUGCUUGAACAAGAAGGAAGCGGCUCUGGUGUUUUCAUCAUGUUUCAUAGCUAACGAUGCAAUCAUCUCGUUGUUGGGACAAAAAAUCAAAAAUUUGGUCAUUUUCUCUGACCAGUCGAAUCAUGCUUCCAUGAUAUUGGGUGUGCGUAACUCCAAAGCGAAGAAGCACAUCUUCAAGCACAACAAUUUGAAGGAUCUGGAGUCGCAGUUAGCUCAGUACCCCAAGUCGACUCCUAAACUGAUCGCCUUCGAGUCAGUUUACUCUAUGUGUGGAUCUGUGGCUCCCAUUGAGAAGAUUUGCGAUUUGGCUAAAAGGUACGGUGCCCUCACCUUCUUGGAUGAAGUUCAUGCUGUUGGAAUGUAUGGUCCUCAUGGACAGGGUGUAGCUGAGCAUUUGGACUUUGAUCUGCAUUUACAGUCUGGAAUCGCCAGUCCUAGCGUGGUGGACAAACGCACCAUAUUGGAUCGUGUCGACAUGAUUACUGGUACUUGCGGAAAGUCAUUUGGUACUGUUGGAGGUUACGUUGCUGGUAGUGCCAACCUAAUUGAUUGGUUAAGAUCCUAUGCGCCAGGUUUCAUUUUCACUACCACACUUCCUCCUGCUAUCAUGGCUGGUACAGCCACUUCUGUUCGUAUUGUUAGGGCCGACAUUGAGGCCCGUAUCAAGCAACAGCUUAAUACUCGCUACGUCAAAGACUCAUUUGAAAACCUUGGUAUUCCAGUCAUUCCAAACCCAAGUCACAUUGUUCCUGUUCUAGUUGGAAAUGCUGCAGAUGCCAAGAAGGCAUCCGAUAUGUUAAUGAACAAACACCGUAUUUAUGUUCAAGCUAUUAACUACCCUACUGUGCCUGUCGGUGAAGAACGACUAAGGAUUACUCCUACUCCAGGUCAUGGAAAGGAGAUUUGUGACCAGCUGAUCAGCGCUGUCGACGAUGUUUUUACUGAGCUUAAUUUACCAAGAAUCAACAAAUGGCAGUCCCAAGGUGGUCAUUGCGGUGUUGGUGAUGCUAAUUACGUACCAGAACCCAAUCUGUGGACUCAGGACCAGCUCAGCUUGACAAACCAAGACUUGCACUCCAAUGUGCACAACCCAGUGAUUGAGCAGAUCGAAACCUCAUCAGGAGUCAGAUUGUAG